AUGACAAUUCUGGGUCCGCAAUAUGGACGGGACUUUGCGAAGGAGACGUGGACUCUCUACGCCGUGGGCAUGUUGGGCGUCCUGCUACGAUUUGUGGCACGAAUACGUCGAUUGGGGAUCACGAAUCUCCAAAUAGAUGACUACCUGAUGGUCUUUGCCGUUAUCUGGUACACUAUACUAUGCGUCGCCUUGAACCAAGUCGCCUCCGGUGGAGGGUCGAACCUGAUGGACGAGAAGGAUAUCCAGGAUCUGACUCCUGCUAUAAAGGCUGAGCGGGAGCGAGGGAGUAAAUGGGUUUAUGUGUCUGAGCAUGCAUUCAUUCUAGCAAUCUGGGCAAUGAAGGCCUGCAUGCUGGUGAUAUAUGCCCGUCUCACGUAUGGAAUCACCUCCCAGUUCCCAUGCUUUGAACUCUCGCUAUUUCUCAUUUGUCGCCCUUUAUCGAACUAUUGGGCUGUUCCCACGCCCAACGAGCAGUGCUCAACCUACCAAUACUACGAGAUCAUUCAAGGAUGCAUUUCCAUCUCUGCCGACGUUUUCAUGCUCCUCAUUGGUCUACCUCUCCUCCUUCAAGUCCGAGUGCCCCUCAAACAGAAGUUGAUCCUUGUUGUCAUCUUCGGCAUGGGUAUCUUCGUUAUCGUUGCGGCCAUCUUGAAUAAGGUCUACUGUCUCGUGCCCGCUUUGAUUUCCUAUGUCUACAUGAAUUGGUACUUCCGCGAAGUCACGGUGGCCGUGUUAGUUACCAAUCUCCCGCUGAUUUGGUCCCUCCUACGCGAUGUUUUUCCCGCCCUCAAAAGUUGGACCGGCGGAUCGAAACGCGGAACAGACCGGUAUCGCUCUGGACCUUGGACCAGCAAAACAUCCGGAAAUCGGCAUUACGGACCUCCGAGUCACCUCCGCUCUGGAGAUUUCAAUAUGCAAAGCUUCAACCGAAGUACCGUCGAUGCGCCGCAGAAAGCCGUGUCAGAUGUCAGUACGGAGGCGGCCGACGAUCGCAACAUCAGUGACGAUGGUUCCGACCGAGCCCUAAGAAUUCGACAGGACGUGACGGUGACGGUGGAGCGCGAAACGCGGCAGCCUGAAGAUUGGGAUUUCGGGCAUGUGAGGGAUGAUGCUCUACAUCAUACGCAUGAGCGUCAUGCGCAGCCUUGA